AUGACCAUCACUGCGGUGGAGAAUGCUCCAAAAGUAGUCCUCAUUCCAUGCGUAGGUGAAUGCGCCAUGUCUGAGGACAGGGCGCACGUCUUCACCAAAGUGGAGGAUGAAAUCAUUGCGCAUCCAGAAGCCGUAUUAGCAAUCAUAGUCAUUAUCUGCAAAGUGAUCAACUACCAGGGUCCCAAAGACAUCUCAACCACAUCAAUUUCACUUCAUAACGGUCGACACAACCCCGAACCACUUCCUCUCGCCGAUUUUCUUAACUUAUGUUCUACACCACAAGGGUUCAACCAGCCAAUCAGGAUCGCUGAUCACGACUGGGCUCAUUUGGCUUCUGUAGAAUAUUUCGUGUGGGUGAAAGGUGACAACCAGGCUCGAAUUGACACGUUGGGGUCUGUCUUGCAGAUGGAUGGCGUAAGUGCUAUGCUUCAAAGGGGGAUGGAUAAGGUUAGGGAUAUGAUGGUUCGUUUCUCGAGAACUCUCAAUAUUGCCAGGGAUUUCUCCGCAUUGGAAGAAGCUGAGGUUAGGUUACCCCUGAACUGGAGCCUUAGCGCAAAGUUCGCCCUCACCACGGCUGACCUUACCGCUCAUGAGCGAUAUGAAUCCUGGCAUGACGUGCGAUUCAAAGGUGUCAAACUCACGAAGCAGAACCACGAUCCACCUUAUUGUCCUUCGGAGUCAGAUCAUGAUGGUGGUUCAUUGGAGUCGGCUACUCCUCCUCCUCGUACAUGCUCCAGCUGCACUUCUCGUACACGUCUCUGCAAGCAUGUGAGCACUUCCCAGCCUCCCCCGCGCAAAUCGAGGAAAACUAAGGGAAAAGCUCAGAAAACUGAUGUAUGA